AUGCGAAGCAGGAAGCGGCAUGAGUCUUCCCAGUCCCACAAUCAAGCGCUUCGUGCGGAAUCCCUGGAUCAGUUGGAAAGUUGCAAUGGGCUGAUCCUUUCCUCUGAGACCGGUAGAAAAACUUUGUUGGGUGUUGAGGAGGGGCAUGUGCCAAAGUAUGUGGAGUUAUGGUUGAACUCUGGCUGCAUCGCCGUGAUUUCUUCAAUCCUGGACAGCGUGCAUGUGUCUCGGACUCCCCAAAACGAAAUUCUUGUCCGUGAUGCUUCGUGCUUGCAAGAGCCUGCGCCUGGACUGAGUUGUGUUCGCGGCUAUUCAUGUUGCAAGCAAUGUCUAACAGCGGCCAACAAGCCCAAGAUUGUUGCAGCCAUCAAGGAAUGGGCCUUGAAAAUUGCACAUGUGGACUUGCUUCACAUCACUCUUCAGGAGAACCAAGAGGAACAAGCCCAGCAAGCAGACUUCAUGAAGAAGCUGUUUCCAGAAUUGAGACACGAGCAGUUGCAUUCAAUCACGUAUGCAGAUCUGAUCGUGAAGGUCCGGGGUAUGUUUCUACAUAUCCCCAUGGGAAAACAAAACGCUGGCCUGCAAUCCUUCAUCUCGAGAUCGCUCAAGUUCCUCACCCCCAAGAUGUUUGCAGGGGUCCCUCCACAGGUGAAGUGCCAACUCAGCACCUAUGUGGAUGCACUCACCUCCGGCAAGUUGGACAGCCAAGAGUCUGUGGCACUGGACCUCAUUAGCAAGGGGGCUUUGCGGGCAGACGAUGUUUGCAAGGCGCUGGUGCCAGCUUUGCUCCGCAAGGCAGACAGGAUUCGCCGAGGCCAUUGCCAACGGACAGGUGGCCAGGAGGGAAAUCUGGAAGGGCUUUUGUCUCUGGGAUUUGUUCUUGGAGGUGCCCUUCAGAACGCUGAAGUGCAGAAGACUUUCGGCAUCUCCAGAGCCCAUGCGCGCAAGGCAGCGUGCCCUCUCACAUCCGAGUUUUUGCCCCGCUUUUUUGCAGCCGCUGGCGAUGUGCUUGUGGACUCAAUUUCCACUGCAUUGGGCCUCCUGCGAAGAGAUGACCCCAUCCACCGGUACAUGAUGAUCCGGGACGAGGUCGUGUACGCAGUGUCGUACAAUUUGAUGUACGGAUUAGACCCAAACGAUGCCAGCUUGGGCAUCGUGGUUGGAGGAGUUCACCCAGAGUUUGCAAUGAUUGAGGGCUCUACCACUGGUCUUUCAUUGGGAAAGGAUAACUUGGCAAGAAUCCACGCGUGUACUCUUGUCAAGAACAUAGACUGUCGUGAUGGAGGCUUUCAAGUGCAACAUCUUCCAAAGAAGCGGGUCUCAGGGGAUGAGUUGAAGGAGCUGUCUGAGAUGCUACACGCAGCGGCCGCUGCAAACGGAGAUGUUCCUCCUCUAUGCUUUGCCAUCGUGCACGACUUCCUGCUGGGAUUGGUCCCCCGCUCUGAAUUUGAGGAGUUGCCAUUCUUUGAGCAUUGCUUUGCAAAGUCUCUUCCCUUCAGGGUGCCACACUUUCCCUUCAAGGUGAUGUGCUACAAGACCGAUGAGGCACCCCUGUUCGGAUGCUGCGAUCCCAAGCACGUCAUGAAGGCUUGGGCCCGUGCCCUGCGCUCCUCAAGCCGGAAUUUGAAGAUGUUCAACAUCCCAGUAUCGCUGAGCACAAUGGCUUUCAAAAAGUGCCCUGGAUCCAGCAUCCGGGGUAAGGACGAUCAGAGCGACAAAGAAGCCUGGCGGCUCUUCAACCCUGCCUAUCUACGGGAUCCGGUCUAUGACGACCCGGGCUGGCAAUUGUACCAGUUCUACAAUGCUCUUUGCUUCGCAGGGUGGACAGCCAGCAGAUCCUUUGACGUGCAGGAGCUGUGGAUGCACGCGACUGUGAGGAACCUGAUUCGAAUGCAAGCGCAUUUGCUGACCAGAUUGCAAGCAUGGCCGGCAGAUGCCACCUUCGAACCUGCUUUCACUACAGAGGAGAGCAUCGAGUUCUUUUUCGGUCAGGCAUCGUCGAAGAGAAAGAUUGAGGGCAAGGAUCGCGCUGAUUUUGCAGAGUUGGCCACAGAAGCUCUCCAGCUGGCAGCGACCUUGGCUGCAGCAUACCAGAUUGGAAAGACUCCGAACGACGUCUUGGGAGAGCUCAAACAAUGGUGGAGAUCGGUGGGUUCUCACUUGCUCUUGGUUGAGACGUGUGCAGACGACGAGGAAGACGAGGACAGAGUGCCAGAAGGGCAUGAGUUGAUCCAUUCAGUGGAGGUGGCAGAAACGGAUGUCGUCUUGCACAAGGAGCUCUUGGAGGCCAGCGAAGGCUUGCAGAAUGGCUUUCUCGAUGCGGAGGAGCAGCCCGAUGAGGACCCCGUGCCGGAUGACUCAGAUGAGGAAGUAUUGCAACCAGAGAAGCAGCCCAAAGUUGAGCCGCUGUCAGUCAGAACUUUGAAAGAUGUUCUGGUCAAAGCUGGUCUGCAGGGCUAUCUGCCUGCAAAAGAUGAUGAUGAGUCAAAAUUGCUGAUCCGCAUUCGGAAGAUUGCUCCAUACAUGUCUUCUUUUUGCGGCCUGGUACGUUCAGCAGAGAAGAUUUUGUCCAAGGCUUCCAUUCUUGGACAUGUGCGAAUGAAGACUCUGCAGCACCAGCUAGAACAUGAGCUUGCCCAAGCCCGCUCAGAGUUUCAUUGCUCAGCAAUGAGACAGAGCCGCUUUGCAUUAUGGUGUGACUUCUCCAGUCGGGUGUUGGACGCUUUGAACGAUGACUCUGAGGGCAAGGAUCAGGUGGCUGAGGUGGCAGGCGGCAUUGCCGAAUUGCAGUCUCUGGCGCCAAGCUCUUUUGACAUUGACGGGUCCCGGUCGUGCCAACUGGUUUGUUGCCGUCCAUUUGCAGCUGGAGCUGAGGCCGGACCAUUGCGACUAGGCCUGGUUGUUGCCGUUUGGAGAGGCGGCAAAGGCAAGAAGGAUUACCCAUGGCCAGAAGGCCACUUGAAAAUCAAUGCGGCCACCAAAGUGCACGUACGCCUGCUGACUCCAACAAACCAGAAGCUGGACGGCAAGGAGGUUUGCACUUGCAGCGCCCUGAGCCCUAUCGUCGUCAUGGAUGCUCUUGGUGGGAGUCUUUUGGCGGAAGUACCUCAAGGCGCCUUUGACUUUGAGUUCCUGUCCGACAAGUUGCAGGUGUUGUUGCCCAAGAAGAUUGUGAAAGCCUUCUUCAAGGUUGCCAAGGCAGAUGUGCCGUUCGAACCGAAGAAGAAGUCCGAGAGUGGCUUGGCGCGCACCUUCUACACCGAAGAUGAUUUUGCCAGAACCAAUGCCGGUGCAAAGUGCAUCCAAAAGUACAUGGAGAGCAUGAAGGUUGACUACGAAGCCUUGUUCAGUCCUCUUGAAAAGGAGGACGGCAAGUUGUCCUUGAGGAGUGAUAUCCAGACAACUUGGCCAGAAAUCUUGGCCAGAUCCACCAGCUACUUCAAGCGCUAUUUGAAAAACCACGAGCACUGGAAGGUUCUCAGCAAAGAAUACCAGGCCCUGUCGUAUGGUCGCCUGGUGAUGUUGGAACUUCAAGGUCAGAGCCCCCUACCAAGUGAUGAUCCUUCGAGGAAGGUCUACACGCGGAACAACUUCGACAUCGUCAACGGCUUCACAGCCACGCUGCUCCGCAUGUCCCCUGACCUUGUCACACAGCCCGAGGCCGUCAGCGAGCAGCUUGGGCAAGGAUGGAAAGGGCAAGGCCAGCUGAAUCGCCAAGCAUAG